AUGCCCCGUCGACCAAGACAAAUCAAGAGCAGCCUUCAAGUGCAUCAGAAGGUUGACAGCAGCAACUAUAACAAAGGCAGCUUUCGCUAUAAACACUUGGUUUCACUGUUGCUGGCCAUUGGCAUUUGUGUUUUUAUCUAUAGGGACACAGCUGCAUCUAUAGUGGAUUACAGCAAUAUCAAUCUGUUGGCCUCAUCGUCAUCUACAUCUACACUAAUCAAGACAGACCGUGCCAAUACUACUGUUACUAGCAGCAAGGAUGCCACUGUGAUGGGCAUGGCCACGAACUAUGACGUCCACAGUUACAAGCGUUUUGUGGGAUCACUACGAGCCGUUGGGUUUUUGGGACACAUUAUUCUCAUCGUUUCCCAAGAUCCCAAACCAGGAGUGGAAGAAUACUUGAAAAGUCAAAAAGUCACCACUUACCCGUUGAUCAAGGUGGCCUGUACACAUGGAGUCGAUGGUGACAAUACUAUUAAUAAUGCUAACAGCGGCAAUCCCACCAAUGAACACGAUGUAGAACGAAGAACCUGUGCCCACCCGUAUCCCCACUUGAAAGCACGAUGGGCAAGAUUUGCCUUGCAACGAGACUACCUAACAGAGUGUACAGAAUGUACAGGGCCUGUACUGAUUGCCGAUGUCCGAGACACAUUCUUUCAACGAGAUCCAUUUGGCCCCGAUGCUCCCCCUGUGACAGGAUUGCAACUCUUUGAAGAAACCAAACGACAACGAACCACGCAUUGGCUCACACAACAACCCAUUGAACACUGCACUGGACAGAAAAUAUUCAACGAGGUCAUGCUUUGUAGUGGCACCACGGUGGGAACACGAGAGGCCAUGCUGCACUAUCUACAGACCAUGGUAGACGAAAUGACACAAUGGAUGAAAAAACCACAAUGUUGUUGCAGUCCUCUCAGUGGUGAUGAUCAAGCCAUUCACAAUUAUCUACAUUAUGGACUACACAAAUUUCCAGCUGACACUACCACAGUAGUACCCAAUGGACACGGAUUGGUCUAUACGGUCGGGGUUCAAGCUGACCUCAUUCAUGUCGCCAAACGAGAACACAAAAAAGCACUCAACAUGACCAUACGACAGGCAUUGGAACAUCCCUACACUACUCACGAACAACACAAUCAAGGAAAUUGGUUGCCACCGGAAUUUGAAAUGACGGAUGAACAAGGUUACUUUCGAAAUGCGGAUUGGCAACGAUCCUUCAUCAUUCAUCAGUACGAUCGAUUUGGACAACAGGUCGAGGAAUGGUUGUUCCAACAUGGACCGUGUAAAAAUUGUUAG